CGCUAGCUGAAUGUUAAUGUAGGAUGUUAGCAAACCUCUGCCAGCAAGAACAUUUUCCGAAUCAGAGUCAGCGUUAUUGGCCAGGAUGGAGAGACACAAAUGCUGCACCUGAGGAUCAGAGGGGUGAUAAGGCUACUACCAUGCCUCUUCAUGACAACUGAAACCUGACACGUGGCUGUUACCAUGUCACUAAGGAAGAAAAGCAAAGGAAUCAUUAGCCUCGGGACAGGGAUCAAGACUUGGGAAUCUAACGUUAGCCUUAAGUCUUGCUUAGUGUGUGGUGUUGAAGAGAACAAGUCAGCAAGUAAAAGCAUCAGGUGUAAAAUAUUGAUGGGGUGUCAGCUGUGAUCCUGAACGCCUGGCAGGACUUCGCCCGUCUGAUCGAUGCAUCACAUGGUGAGGGGCUGCCAGGACCCCUGCCACAGGCUGAACCACGGACCUCAGCACUGAUUCACUGAGCCUCACUCCUCCUGGAGGAGGUGGUGGUGGUGAGCGGCCAGAGGGAGGUCAGGUCGACCAGCCACUGGUCCACGAGCUGUGGUUCAUUGCAGUCAUGGCAGGCAUCGCCCUGCUGCUGCUGGCCAUUGUGUUGGCUGUCACACUUCACAUGGCCCUGAGAAGAACCUCCUUCACCAGAGAGAGACCUCCACUGGUGGCCCUGCCCAUGGAGAAGAGGAGCCCCAUGGCUGUUUACCCCCCCAGCAACUCUGUUUUGUUUGACAGUGUGCCUGCUACGAUAGGCAUCUCCAACAGUGUAACGCUCAAGAGCUUCACCAUGAAGAUGGAGCAGGAAGUGUUGGAACCUAAAUGUGAGCCCAUUGAUGAUGUCCUUCCACAGGAUGAGCUGGGGAUCCUCAGUGUAAACUCUCUGAGACGCAGCGUCAGCCAGGUGCUGGAUGGGAAGUUCCUCACAAUAGGCGACGAAGUGUGGGACCCAAGCAUUUCAGGACAUGACAGUGGGAUGUUUAUGGAUGAUGAAGAAUUUGUCGACACCAUCAAAGGUUUCAGCACUGUGAGGAAGGAGCACACCAUGUUCACUGACACCAACCUGUGACUUGAUCAAGACACGCGACUCUGCCAAGACACUGGGCCUGGACUUAACAUUAUGACCACUUGAAAAUCCACCUCGUUCUGACCAGGACGAAUGUUGCAGUACCUAUUUAAGAGUAGUCAAGAUGUCAGAUGGAAAGUUUCUCCUCUCCUAAAAUCUACAAGGAAGGAAGAAAAGCUCAACACAACUACUGACAAGAUUGCUGGAGUAACUGACGAGGAGAAGACAGUUUGACAUUAAAAUACAACUGGACAAGCAACAUCCCAAGGUGGAAGGACCUGCAUGUUUUGAGAAUGGCUUGGAAGAAUAUGCUUGACAUUAAACUCCUGAUCCCUGAAUACAGAUGCAGAGCGAUAAUGCUUCCUUUUGUGCACGGACAGUUUGUGGGUACAUAAUGGAUCUAAUACAUAUUUCACACAUUUUACAGUGAGCCAAACCCACAUAAAGUAUUCACAUUAAUUUAUUUGAAAUGAGAUGCAAUGCAUUGUGGGCACAAAACAUUUGUACCAUUACAGUCAAGGUUACAAAAUGAACAUUUACAUAAUAAAUUAAUAUUGUGCAGCAGCACAUGAGACAGACAUAAAACCCCCAACUAGGGCAUUAUACUGCAUUAAAAACAAAAGGAGUUGGAUUAAUAUACAAAAAAUACUGGCAGUUACAAAGGCAGCCUCAUUUUCAUUGCUCAUUUUGUUGUACAUAUAUAAAUAUAAAUCUCUUAAUUGUAGCUGCUGAUAUGUCCAC